AACCAUUUGACGUCACAACAUGGUGGCCAUUUCAACAGUCGGGAAUUUUCGUACUCGCCUUUCUUUAUCCGAGAUUUUGUCCGAUCUUAUUCGGUGUAAACUCGUCGGGUACCCAUGGUUCUGUUCAGCAAGGCCAAGGAGUUCACAUGUUUCAAAAUGGCAGAUGUGUAUCAAGCGUAUUGAAGUAAAUUUCCCUCUCAAAGUGAAGCGUCCAUCAGAUUUUUGGUCCGACAUCAGGUAUGUUUUUCCACUUCGUUGUUAAAUUAAAUGUACUUGUCGAUUUUUGUGAGAGUUUGUUUGUGAAAUCUGGCGUUGUUUCCAAGGUUUAUGCUUUCGAUUCAGCAUGUUUCUGAAAAAAGUGCAUCAGGUAUUUUUAUUUGCAAUGCGCUUUCAAUAAUGUCGGCCAUAUUUGAUUGAUGUCUUCUAAUUGUAAUUGUAAUUGUAAUUAUCUUAUUAUCCACUCCCCUCAGGGCUUUUCAGGGAUAAUUUACAACACUGGUUGGGGGACUUUGCCAGACUGCUUAAGGUGCAGUUUACAAGUACUGAAGGAAUGAGUGAUGAUGCCUCCAUAUAUGAGUGUGAAAGUGAGAUAGACCACUACACCGGGCACUACGUGCCCUACUCUUUACGAAGAGGCGGUUAGCUCAAGGUGCUUAGUUAUGUCGCCUUUGUGGCAAGGUCAAGAAAUUUACUUUUUAGGAAACGAUUUGGGUCUGACGCGCCGUAUAAAGGAAAAUUGUUUUAAGGCUUGAAAACAUGAGAGGAAGUGACUGCGCGCUGAAAUUUUUCAAUACCGCUUAACACUUAGUCACUGUCAAAAAAUACUGUCAGUCAAAUUCCCUUCGCCAAGCAACAACCAAAGUUCUAGCAUAAAGCUAAUCUAUUAUAGUACUCAUUACUGUAAUGUUCAUGUAAACCGGAAGUUAUUGAUACCGGAUGUUCGCUAGGAACUAUGGGAGAUAGGUAGCAAAACGAUCAUGGCGUCCACAUAUGCUGUAACACGUCUUCUUGUAAAUGUUUAUUAAAUCGUUGUUAGUCGUUUGCAUCCUGUUUUGAAAUCCAUUCAAAACAUCACAAUUACGAAACGUUUUGACCGAGUUCGAAUUAAAUUGCAACAAAUAUGACUCUUCGUGCUAUUCCACUCCGCAUUUCAGUAACGCAAAAUAUAUUUACGUGUGAAACAUGCAUUAAUUUGCAUAUGCAAAUUUUCAGGUUUGCGCUACAACGGCUUUCGCUACCUGUACAAUAAAAAAUUUAAACAGUUAUUUGUAAAUGCUAAUCAAUGGAAGGCAUACUCAUUGUCUGCAUGUUCCGUUUUUGUUUCAUUGACAGAUCUUUGGACAACAACCAUCAUCGACAUCAUCUCCUCGUGACAAGAGGAAAAUAAAGCAG